AUGAACUUGGAAAAUAUUAUGUACAAAAACCCCGAUUGGGCUAAAUUAUCAUACAAUUUUAUUGCAAUAUUUUCGUUUUUCAUUAAUACUCUUGGAAUUUAUACAAUUAUACAUAAAAGUGAUAGAAUGGGAUAUUAUAAAUAUUAUCUGUUAUCAUUCCAAAUUUCUUCUAUUUUUGUGGACAUCUCUUUUACUCUAGGUUGUCAAUUGACUUUUGCAUUUCCAAUUUGGGCAAUUACAACUUCUGAUGGUUAUUUCUGGAAAUAUUUCAGAAUUCCAUCGCUGGCUGCAUUGGUACCGAACACAUAUUAUUUUGAAUACUUACAAUUGUUUGUUUUUCAGACUAUUUUAUUGUCUUUCCUUAUUUUACAAUCAUCGAUAUUGGCUGCUCAGUUUUUGGAAAAACAUCAAACUAUAAUGAAACUUGCGAAAAAGGAAAAAUAUAUUUUCAACUCAAUUUGGAGAUUGGCUAUAUUAAUAUGUAUUAUCAUAGGUUCUGUAUUUUUUCUUUCCAUUUUUUAUACCAGCGGAAUGUCAAGGAAUGAGGCUCUAAAAGUAUUCGAAUCAAAAUAUCCGAGUGUUUAUCAUAAUUUUGAACAAAUCGAGCAAUUUUCGUACCACGAUAAAUCGGAAAUUCUUGAGCUAGUACUUUAUUGUGUUGCUUUUGGACUUGUUGUAGUUUCCUUUGUGGCAUUUGUCAUCAGUUUUCACAUGCUUUCCACAUUUCGAUCAAUUCUACAUAUUCUAUCUAUUUCAAAACAAAGCCAACAUAAAAAUACUAUCAUUAGUUUGUUUGCGCAGGUAUGGAAUCAAAAAUUAAUUGUAACCUUAAACAAUUCAGGCUAUCGUAUUGAAUGUGAUUUUGAUUCCCUUAUUUGCAUUAUUUGCUGAUCUUUAUUUUGGUUUUGAAAAUCAGAACAUUUUGAUUUUCCAUCAAUUAAUUUUAAGCUGUCAUUCAACUGUCAAUUGUGUUGUUUAUAUAACUACUAUUAAAGAAUAUCGAAUUUUUGUACAGCAAAUCCUUACAAUGAAAAAACUACAUGUUGUUUAUCCGGCUGUUGUUGAAAUUAGUGUUUGA